AUGCCCGUCGCGACGCACGUGGCCGGCCUCGCGCAGCUGGUGCGCGCGCUGCAGCAGCAGCAGGACUCGCAGCACGCGCUGCUGCGGGACGCGCUGCUGGCGCUGGCAGCUCGCCUGUGUGAUGUGGAAGACAGGCAGGGGGAGUUGCAGCAUCAGCAACAGCAGCAACAGCAGCAACAGCAGCAACAGCAGCAACAGCAGCAACAGCAGCAACAGCAGCAACAGCAGCAACAGCAGCCACAGCAGCAGCAGCAGCAGCAGCAGCAGCAAGAGCAGCAACGGCACCAGCAGCCCCAGGACCAGCGGGAUCAAGACGAGCAAGGGCAGCUGGAGGGCCCAGGCGCCGACGCUGAUGCUGCUGCCACCGACACACAGUGCCCCACAGGAAUCGUUGCAGUCGAAGCCACCUUGGUCGAGCUGGGAGAGCGGAUGCGGAGGAUUGAAGAGAACGCAGCCGGCAAGGCGGCGCGGGGCGUGGGCGCUGACUUUGACUGUGACCAGCAGCAGGCGCGGCUGGAAGGGCUCGAAUGCGAUGUGGAGCAGCAGCGGCGGCAACUUGCAGAGCAGCAUGAGCAGCGUGAGCAGGACAAGCAGUGGUGGGGGCAGCGGUUGAGGGAGGAACAGCAGUGUCGGGACCAGGAACAGCAGCAGCGGCGGCAAGGGACGGAAGCUCUGGAGAAGCUCGCGGCGCGGCAGCAGCAGCUGGCUGAGAGGCACGAGGGGCUGGAGGCGCAGGUGGCCGCCUGGCAGCAGCAGCAGCAGCAGCAGGUAGCUGCGGGUGAUGCAGCCGACCCCCACGACGGGCAACACCAGGCGACCGAAGGCCUAUGGCAGCAGGUGGCGGAGACCAGGGGCCAGCUGGCCAGCCUGCAGCAGCAGGUGCUGCAGCUGCAGAGCAAUCCUGAGGCCGCGCCCUCUGCAAGAACUCAGGCAGCAGUAGCAGCAGCAGCGGCGGCGGCGGCGGAAGCGGCGGAGGCACUGCGGGGGUGCUUGGCGGCGGAGGGGCGCGCCCUGCUCGACGCACGCGUCUCCGAGGCGCGGCGCGAGGUGGGGCUGCAGAUGGCGUCCCUCCGCGCCGAGCUUGCGUCACGCAUUGACGCUGCAGCGGCGGGGGCGCGCGAGGCGGCGGCGCAGGGGCUGGAGGAGGCAAAAGAGGCCGUCGAGUCGAGGGCCGCCGAGGCCCGGGCGGCGGCUGAGGAUGGGCUCAAGGCGCUGCGGUCGGAGCUGACCGCCGGCCAGGUUGGCGGCGGGCUCUUGGGGUGUGGCGAGGGGGUCUAG